AUGAAAAUUCAAACAUACUCUACUGCGUUUCUUACCUUGCUCUCCGCAGUCGCUGCCAUUGAAAAACGCGUUUUGCACCAUAGACACGGUCUUUCCCAUAAUGACGCGCUCGAAUUAAACAACGUUGCAAUCGCUGCUAUCCAUGACCGGCAUCAAAAUAUCCCCUUCGACAACCUCGAUUCCGCAUCCGCUGAUCUAAAAUUCCACGCCAGACAUCCUGAAAUCCAACGUCUUCACAGCCACGCUACAGCACACAAACGUGCAGACCCAAACCUCAUAAACCGAAGCAGCAGUAACAGCAGUUCCUCUUCGUCCUCCGGCCAAUGUACUUUCCCCACUGAUGUCGGUCUUGUCUCCGUCACACCUGACUGUGAAAACGCCGGCUGGGCAAUGUCUCCCAACCAACCAUGCUUACCAGGCAACUAUUGCCCUUACGCGUGUCCUCCUGGUCAAGUCAUGGCUCAAUGGGACCCUGAAGCCACUUCUUACACUUACCCGGUAUCAAUGAAUGGCGGUCUUUACUGUAACGAAAAUGGUGAAAUCGAAAAACCUUUCCCAGAAAAACCCUACUGUGUCGAUGGUUCCGGCGCCGGCCUUGUCCAAAACUCUUGUGGAGGUAUCGUUUCCUUCUGCCAAACUGUUCUUCCGGGAAAUGAAGCUAUGCUAAUCCCCACUGAAGUCACCUCCGGCUCAACUGAAAUCAUUGCUGUCCCUGACCCAACCUAUUGGCUUAGCACCGCAGCACACUAUUACAUCAACGCUCCUGGUGUCACCGCCUCAACCGGUUGCAUUUGGGGUACCAACGCCAGUCCUGUUGGAAACUGGUCACCCUAUGUUGCCGGUGCAAACACAGAUGACAGUGGCAACACCUAUGUCAAACUUGGUUGGAACCCCGUUUAUCUUGAGACUACAACUCCCUUCCGCGAUGAGCUCCCAGACUUUGGUAUGCGUCUUGUUUGUGACGGUGACUGUGUUGGUCUUCCUUGUGAAAUUAACCCUGCCACCGGCGCUGUCAAUGAUGUCAACUCAACUUUGGCUGCCACCGGUUCCGGAGGUGCUAACUUUUGCGUCGGUACUGCUCAGCCCGGCUCCAAGCUUUAUAUUGAAGUUUUCGAAGUUAACGGUGUUAGUUCUUCUCCUUCAUCUUCUUCCGAAAGUUCGCAAAGUCAAGUUGCUUCGUCCUCCUCAUCUGUUGCUGCUUCUUCAACUGUUUCCUCUGAAGAAGUCUCUUCUUCUUCUACUACUACUACUACUACUACUUCCAGCUCAGAGGUUGUUUCGUCUUCUAUUGAAGAAACCACUCCUUCUUCCUCUUCUGUUGAGCCCACCUCUUCAUCUGUCGAACCAACCUCUUCUUCUGUCGAACCAACUUCUUCUUCAGUUGAGCCAACUUCUUCCACAGUUGAGCCAACUUCUUCAUCUGUAGAACCAACUUCCUCUUCUGUUGAACCCACCUCUUCUUCAAUUAUAGAAACCUCUUCAGAAGAAUAUUCCUCUACAGUUGAGCCUACCUCUAGCAGUAUUCCCAGCAGCAGCUCCGUCGAAUCUUCGACACCAAUCCCUGAGACAAGUACUGAGAUCCCAACUUCUAGUUCCGAGUCCAUCUCUACUACUUCCACUUCCACUUCCACUUCCACUUCCACUUCCACUUCCACUUCCACUUCCACUUCUACUUCUACUUCCACUUCUUCUAGCUCAACUCCUAGCUCAACUUCAACUUCAACUUCAACUUCCAGCGCCGUUACUUCUUCAUCAAAAAAGGCACAUUCCACUGUCGUUAUUUCUGCACUUGGAAAGCACGCUCAAUAUACUGGAUCUCUUUCUGUUGUUUCCGGUGUUUCAUCUUCUUCUUCGACUAAGGUUUCUUCGUCAACUAAAAUUUCGUCGUCAAUUGCUUCUUCCAACUCAUCAACUUUAUCGACUUAUAAGGUCUCCACUGUUUCUACACUUUUCACUUCAACUAGCAGAAAUGCACUCUAUAAUAUUGCAAACGCUACUGUGAGCUCUGUUUCAAUUGAGUCCCCAGCUUCCACCGUAGUCGCAUCUGCCUCUACAGAUUCCGGCUCAGAUGCUGGCUCUACUGAAGGAGCUAGUGCCGCUUCAGGCUCACCCUCUGCAACCACCACUGCAGCAAAAUCUUCUGCUAGCAAAAAUGUUGUUGUUCCUCUGAUUCUGGGGCUGAUAGUUGCUUUCAUGACUGCUUUCAUGAUUUAA